AUGUUCUCAUCCUUCCUCAACCUCUCGUUCCCUCGCUUCGGCUUCGGUCAGGCCUCUACCAACUCUGAACCCAUCGCCAUCCCAUCUGUCGAGGUCCACGACAUCGAAGUCUCCAGCGACAAGCGCAGUCGUCGCCUGAAGCACCUCCUCAAACUCAACCAUGCCAAUUUUUCCAUUCUUUACAAUCACCUAAGAUUCCAUAAUCAUACGCCUCACAUUCUCGGAUCUGCCUACCUCCUCGGCAGCCCGGCCGAGCAUCUCAACGACAUCUACGAAGAUGCGGCGGCCAACGAAGGGCACGACCACUGGGUGGACUCGCCCUCGGAAAUCGCGUUGCACGACUACCGCGACUUUCUAGGGAAACGUGAAUAUCAACGCGCAUUCGUCGACUUCUUCGAAGACCAACUUGUCCUCCAAGGAUAUGACUGGAAGGAAGUCGUGCGAAAAUUUAUCUUCGAGCGUGGUCCAAGGAAAUCCGCCAACGCAGAGCCCAUGUUCAAUUGUUUAACAGGUGGCCUGGGUCAUCCGCUUAUCCACCUUGGAUACGCAUACGAGUUAAACAACCGCGAGGUAGCCAUGGAAGCAUUGGGGCUUGCAGCAACAUGCUACGACGCGAAACUUGCGACUCUGCUUGAAUCGGCGUCCACAUUGUCCCAGACAUCCACGGCAAAUCCAUUGACUUAUUCGACGAAUAAUCUCUUCGAGCUCUUUGCCCGGAUUAACGGCGAUAAACGUCUCGACUCGGCCUUCCAUCAUUACGGUGGCGACAACUUGACCAAACUCCUCGCCGACCCGGUGUUGACGUCGAUCCUCCUCGAACACUGGUCCGCAUGGAAAAUCACCGACCCAACGAAAGACUUCAGCCAAUCACAAGCAUUGGCUUCAGCACUCUUAAUCUCCACGGCCACCAACGUCGGCGGCCAUGGCUAUGACUUCUUUCUCCUACACCUUCUUACGACAUCACACGCUGUGCGUAUCCUGAUCCCCUUCCUCGACGCCCAAUACCAUGUUCCACUCAUCCGCGAAUGGCUCUUGUUCACAAUCGCGGUCUAUAUCUGCCAACUCCGCCCCCUGAUCAAGCGCGAAUAUAUCACGGACUUCGAUCUCGCGGGCCGAGAUUGGAGCUUCGUCACGACUCAGGCUCUACAAGGCAAGAAGGAAUUCGACGCGCAUUUCAUCAAGGGAUGUCGGGCAAUGCGCGAAGCAGAACGUGUCUGGCCCGACGAGCCAAAUGGCGAGAAAUAUUAUCUCAAGGCAGCGGUCAAGUUUGCUAGCGAAUUCGAUGGAUGGGGCGGUUUUGGCGUUGAGGACGAAGAGGCAGAGAGGGAGCUGCAGGAGGAGAUGAAGAAGGCCAAGUUAAAUUGA